GUUCUCACAAUCUUUUAUCUUUUAUAUAUUGUCUCUCUCACUCUCUCUUGUUGUGAAUUAUUUCCUUUGAUCUUUCAGGUUUGCAAGUUCAAUGACGAACAAAUCUCAGCCGUCAAGUUUAUCACCAGAUGAGGCUUCUCCCCUUCCCCAGCAGCCUUGCAAAGCUCUUCCAAAUGGUGAAGCAACUGGUUCGCAAAUGAAGCCGUCGAAAACCAAAAAAGCCCCCUACAAAGCUCUUCUCAUUAGAGCUCGAUCACCAGACUUUGAGGAAUAUUCAUCGGAGAGUGAAUAUUCCUCCGAUGAAUUUUCCUAUGAAGCGGAUGGUGAAGCAUCCGAUUCAUCAUCAGCGGGUAGUGAUGCAACCGAUGUGAAGCCGAUGAAGAACAAAACUGCGAGAAAAGCUCCAAUAUCGCAAGAACCAGAAGCGGGGAUGGAAAUCGAAGAGCCAGCCAAGAGGAGAAGGAUCUCAGAGAAGGACGAUGAUUCUGAAGAUACCAUGUCCUGGGAACCAGAAGUUAAGAAGACUCCUUGAAAGAAAAUUUCGUCAGAAGAAGCAUAAAGUAAAUCCAAGGAG